AUGCACAGAAACUCCCGUUCUCUGCGCGCCCUCGCCAUCUCUCCCAAACCCUCGUCCACCCCGGCCUCCCCACCCUCACCGACGUUCUCAGACGCAACCCAUGCCUCCGCUAUGAACUUUGGUGCCGGUGGUCCAGAGAAAAUCAUCACUCGGACGAAUCUCAAGGCGAGUCUCCAAGCAUACGACGAACUCAUGAACACCAGUGCGAACUACCGUGCAGCACUCAUCAACAUGGCACAGGUGACGGCUGCGUUUGCGGACGCUAUGGAUAGGUGUGCGGGGAUGAAGGGUCCUUCGUAUGAAGCUGGGACGAGACUUCAGGCUGCAUCCGGCUUGCAUCACCUCAUAGGAAACCACUGGCACGUUCUCUCAGAGACGCUCGAUAAGAAGUUCGAGAAACCACUGCGCCAACAUCUGGAUACGUACAAGACAAUAGUGAACGAACGAUCAGCUUCAUACGAGAAGGCGCUCCAUGCAAAGAGUCAAAUUAUCCAUGAAACUGAGAUGAAUAACAUGAAUAAGAAACAGCGCAACCUUCAAAGCUUUCGAGAAGCCCUGGCCGUCCUGCAGCGGCAAGUAGACGAACUAGAUGAAUUAAAGGCGCAGCAUUAUCAAGAAAUAAUGGAGCACGAAGAAGAAGUCUGGAACGUGGUCCAGGGCAAGGUCUGCGUCGCGGUUCGCUCCACUAUGGACGUCUUUGAUAGGUUUACUGCAAAAACGUCCGACCCCGUACUAGAGCCCAUGCUCCAGUCCGUCCCCGAUCCCUUCGACUCCUACGGACCUCCGCAAGCCGAAGACCAGAUCUUCACGAUAUUGCCACCCUUGGCCGUCAUCGCCAACGCCCCUUCGCCUUCGCCAAGUCCGAUGACGACGACGCCACCCCAGAGCGUCGACAUCUCGCCUGCCGUCAUGAACCACUCUUGGAUGGCUGCCCAUACCAACGGAGGCGGAGGCGGAAGCGGGGGAGGAGGGGGGUUCAUGGCAGAAUCGACGUCGGAGUGGGCAGACGUGCCCUCCCCGUCGUCUACCCCUCCCCGCGCGUCCUCCCCGUCCUCGACCGUCAAACGGAGGCCAUCGCAUCCGCCCUCAAACUACAGCGCACGAAAAGCAGAGUCCAAGCUGCGCAGCGUCCUCUCCGUCAUCGACGAGAGUCUGGCGCGCCAGUCCCCGUCCUCGCCCACGAGCGAUCACGCGGAGACGGACAGGCAGGUGCUAGAGCCCCAUUCCGAAGUGAACGGAGGCGGUGGGCUGGUGACGAAUUGGGGGUCGUUUGGAUAUGGCGAAUCGCCAUAUGGGGUGGACAGCGGUGAGGUGACACCGCGACAUUCGACGCUGUUUGCGUCCUCUGCUUUGGACCCUGAUGUAGCUGGGCGUCAUAGUCCUCAUUCAGACGAGACUGCCUGAGUUGUGUCGUCGAGCGCUUUGUCAUAUUUUAGUGUCACAUCCCGUUUACCAAGCAUGGAAAUCCCAAUGUUAUUUGUAUAUACAUGAUUAUAUGGUACCCUUCUUUGAGCACUACCCUGGACAAUUUUAUCUUGGCUGAAUACCAUAUUGAUGCAAGACGUCCUUGUUAAUGGCCGCCGGGCUCUUGAAGAGGGGAUCGGUUCCCGCGCCCGUUUUAGGAAAGGCAAUAACGUCUCGAAUGGA